GGACGGGGACGGGCUGCAGGACAGCAGAGACAACUGUCCCGACAUCCCGAACAGUUCUCAGCUGGACUCCGAUAACGACGGCCUCGGAGACGACUGUGACCAUGACGACGACAACGACGGCGUCCUCGACGACUACGAUAACUGUCGACUCGUCGUUAACCCAAACCAGAAAGACUCGGACGUGAACGGGGUUGGGGACGUCUGUGAGAACGACUUCGACAACGACUCAGUGAUGGAUCUGAUAGACGUGUGUCCAGAGAGCGCUGAGGUCACUCUGACUGACUUCAGAGCUUAUCAGACGGUGAUCCUGGAUCCAGAGGGAGACGCUCAGAUAGACCCUAACUGGGUGGUGCUGAAUCAGGGGAUGGAGAUCGUUCAGACCAUGAACAGUGAUCCAGGUCUUGCUGUUGGCUACACGGCGUUUAACGGCGUGGACUUCGAGGGAACGUUCCACGUCAACACGGUGACGGACGACGACUACGCCGGCUUCAUCUUCGGGUACCAGGACUCGUCCAGCUUCUACGUGGUGAUGUGGAAACAGACGGAGCAGACGUACUGGCAGUCGGUCCCCUUCAGAGCCAUGGCCCAGCCCGCCCUGCAGCUCAAGGCCGUGAAGUCUCGGACCGGACCGGGUGAGUUCCUGAGGAACGCUCUGUGGCACAGUGGAGACACAGCGGGGGAAGUUACGCUGCUCUGGAAAGAUCCAAGAAACGUCGGCUGGAAAGAUAAAACCUCGUAUCGCUGGCAGCUCAGCCACCGGCCUCAAGUAGGCUACAUACGGGUCAGGCUGUAUGAAGGGAUGGACUUGGUGGCAGACUCCGGCGUUGUGACCGACACCACGAUGAGAGGCGGCCGGCUCGGCGUGUUCUGCUUCUCACAGGAAAACAUCAUCUGGUCCAACCUGCGCUACAGGUGUAACGACACUGUGCCCGAAGACUUCAAGACUCAUCGUAAACAAUUUCUGCACAUUCAGGUCUGAGAGCUGCAGACGGACUGUUCUCACACACACACACACACACACACACACACACACACACACACACACACACACACACACACACACACACACACACACACACACAGCUCGAGCUUCUCUGAAUCCACUUUAACUGUAGUGUGAGCGUGUUGUACAUGUGCAGUAUGAAUGUGUGUGUGUGUGUGUGUGUGUGUGUGUGUGUGUGUGUGUGUGUGUGUGUGUGUGUGUGUGUGUGUGUGUGUGUGUGUGUGUGACAGGUGAGUACAGGUGUCACAGCAGCAGUCUGGAGAAACACUGACGAGAAGCACCUGAACGCACCAUCAGUGCUGGUCUGUGAGGCGUUUAAGCGUCUCCGUUCAGACCUCGUAAACACGACUUCUUCUUCUGUGGUUUGUUCCGUCCUGCAGAGUGAACACUGCGGCUGCUCGCCCGUCCUCUGCACGCGCUCAGUAGGAGGCGAGUCGAUGUUGAAACAAACGCGCUGACAUCAACGGGCACGAGUCGAUCGUUUCCAUGACGACUCGUCCGUCAGCUCAGCCGUCCAGACUUUAAUGUUUAAUUUGUUCAAACACCAGACUGACUGAUGGACUCUGCUGUGGGCUCAGUACUGUUUUGCCCCACAGACAGUGAACGCCUCACAGCCAACACAAGUUAGACUUCGAUGAAACGAUGAGAUUAGACGUUUAAACUUUAUGAAUCAUAAACGUUAGAAGUGUGUCUGACGUGUUUCUCCAGACUAACAGCUGAUCUCCUUCAAACACUGAGACAUGAAAACCAGUCACGUCCUGAAGAUGGUACAUCAAACUCCAUGUUUCUGUAAAUCGGGAAUAUUUUUGGAUAUUUUUGGAUAUUUUUACAUAUUUUUCA